AAAAUAGCUUGAAAGCCCAAAGAAAAAAAAACGUUGGAGAGAAAAGGGAAAGUAGAAGUCUAGAAACCCUAGAGUUGAGAGACACUGCGCAAAAACAGAGGGUGUGUGUCCGAAAAAGCAAACAAGUAUAAACAAGGAAGAAAAACUAGGGUGAUGAAGAGUUCCACUCUUUUGCUGACGCCGGUUUCAUCCUCUUCACACUUUCUCUCUCUUCAUUCUUCCUCUCUCUUUCCCUCUUCUAUUUCUCUCUCCUCCUCCGGUUUCUUUAGGAGUACUACUAGGAGGCUUUUAUUUGGUAGCAAAAUACAAGCUUUAUCAACAAUGGCAGCAGAAGAAGGUGUUGGAAACGUUAAGAGGCAAUUAGCUAAGGUGUUUGAAAAAUCACUCCGGGCUACUGUCCCAAAUGAGGCAGAUGUUGAGCCACUGAUUGUCCCUUGUGCUGCGAAUUUUGGUGAUUAUGCUUGUAACAAUGCAAUGAGUUUGUUCUCCAAAAUUAAGGGGAAAAAUGCUGAUUUUAAAAACCCUAGAUCAGUCGGCGAGGCUAUCAUGAAAAAUUUGCCUGAAUCGGAAAUGAUUGAGAGUUGUUCAAUAGCGGGACCUGGGUUCGUGAAUGUUGUCUUGUCGAAGACAUGGUUAGCAAAGAGCAUCCAAAAGAUGCUUACAGAAGGAAUUGAGACGUGGGCGCCAAAGCUGUCAGUUAACAGAGCUGUAGUAGACUUCUCUUCACCGAACAUAGCAAAAGAAAUGCACGUAGGACACUUGAGGUCUACCAUCAUUGGAGAUACCCUGGCUCGUAUGCUUGAGUUUUCUGGUGUGGAAGUGCUUAGGAGAAACCAUGUUGGUGAUUGGGGUACACAGUUUGGUAUGCUGAUCGAGUUCUUGUUUGAACAAUUUCCUGAAUGGGAAAAUGAAAAUGAGAUUCCAAUCCAAAAUCUUGAGGCCUUUUACAAACAAUCGAAAAAGAGAUUUGACGAUGAUCCUGAUUUCAAGGAAAAGGCACAAAAGGCUGUGGUGAGCCUUCAGGGUGGAGAUCCUAAAUAUCGUAAAGCAUGGGCGACAAUUUGUGAAAUUAGUCGUAGGGAAUUUCAGAAAGUUUAUGAGCGCCUUGGAGUUCACUUAGAGGAAAAGGGAGAAAGCUUCUAUAAUCCCUAUAUUCCAAGCGUUUUGGAGUCUUUGAGCAAAGAUGGUUUGAUUGAAGAAAGUGAAGGCGCUCGAGUUAUAUUUAUUGAAGGGAAAAAGAUUCCUCUUAUAGUUGUUAAGAGAGAUGGAGGUUACAAUUAUGCUUCUACUGAUUUAGCAGCUCUUUGGUACCGUCUCAAUGAAGAAAAGGCCCAAUGGAUAAUAUAUGUAACAGAUGUUGGUCAGCGUGAACACUUUGAAAUGUUCUUCCAUGCUGCGAAGCGUGCUGGCUGGCUUCCAGCUGAUGACAAGGAAUACCCAAAAGUAAAUCAUGUUGGAUUUGGUCUUGUUCUUGGAGAAGAUGGAAAGCGUUUCCGAACUCGAAGCUCUGAGGUUGUUCGUCUCGUUGAUUUGCUUGAUGAAGCCAAAAACCGUAGUAAACAAGCUCUUGUUGAACGAGGUAAAGCUGAAGAGUGGUCAGAGGAGCAAUUGGUGCAAACUGCUGAAGCUGUCGGUUAUGGGGCGGUCAAGUAUGCUGACUUGAAGAACAAUAGACUUACCAACUAUACCUUUAACUUCGAUCAGAUGCUUAAUGACAAGGGAAAUACUGCAGUCUAUUUACUCUAUGCUCAUGCUCGAAUUUGUUCAAUUAUCAGGAAAUCUGGUAAAGACAUCGAGGAAUUAAAGAAGAGUGGAGUAAUAGUUUUGGAUCAUUCAGAUGAGCGUGCUUUGGGUCUUCAUUUGCUUCUUUUCUCUGAGAUUGUUGAGGAAGCUUGUAAAAAUCUCUUGCCAAAUGUUAUAUGCGAGUACUUGUACAACUUGUCAGAGUUUUUCACGAAGUUCUACUCCAAUUGCCAGGUUGUAGGCUCACCAGAAGAAACAAGCCGACUCUUGUUGUGUGAAGCUACUGCUGUCGUGAUGAGGAAAUGUUUUAACCUUCUUGGUAUUACUCCUGUCUACCAGAUAUGACGAGUAUAUUUCAACUCUUGAUCCAUCUUUAUUACGGUUAACUUACAUUUUGUUAUAAAUUGUAUUUUUGACCUUUCGUUGGUUGUAUUUUUGAUUUAAUUAGAUCCACCGAUAAAUCCUGUAUACAGACAUUGUAUCCUUGUGAUUGUAGGACUAGAAAAGGAAAUGAUUUUUCUUCA